GCCGCCGCACAUUCAGAGAACUAAGCAGUUAUCUGUGUUAUCAGCACCAAACAGCGACUACACUCCCAGAACCGCAGGCUGUAAUGUCGUCCGCUGGAGGUAAGAUGAAUUUGGAGGAGUACUUUCAAAGAAUUGGCUUCCAUGGCCCCUCUGAUAAAAUGGAUCUUGCCACUUUGAGGUCCAUCCACAAGCUGCAUGUCAUGUCCAUCCCUUUUGAAAACCUCAGUAUUCACUGUGGAGAGUGGAUCACCAUGGAUCUGCAGUCUAUUUUCAACAAGUUGGUGAGGAGCAGCCGGGGAGGCUGGUGCCUUGAGAACAACUACCUGUUUGGAUGGGUUCUGAGAGAAAUGGGCUUCAAUGCCACAACAUUGAGCUCCAGAGCUUUUAAUAGAAUCAUUGCAGACUUUGGUGCUCUUGAUUCUCACCUAAUUCACAAGGUUAUCAUUGAUGGGAAGCCUUAUAUAGCUGAUGUAAGCUUUGGGGUCUCGUCUCAGAUCUGGGAGCCACUGGAGCUUGUCUCUGGAAAGGAUCAACCGCAGGCAGCAGGCGUGUUUCGUCUCAUCGAUAAGGGGGACAUCUGGAUCCUGGAGAAGACAGGCAGGACACCGAAGGUUCUCAAUCCAGAAUUUGCCAAAUCCAGCCUGGUGAACAGGAAGGAGACUAAGCCAAUCUACUGCUUCACCCUGGAACCUCGACAGGUUGAUUAUUUCAUUGAGAAGAGUCAGAGAAUCCAGAGAGAUCCAGCCUCCCUCUUCACCAACAAGUCCAUCUGCUCCCUGCAAACACCAACAGGAUUCAGAGCUCUGAUUGGCUGGAUCUACAGUGAGGUCACCUACAAACCUGAAGAAAGGGUGGAUGUGUUGGACAUGAAGAACAUAACAGAGGAUGAGCUUGAUCAAGUCCUGAUGGAACAGUUUAAUGUAAAGUUGCAGAACAAACUAAAACCUGUGUGCAACAAAACAUUUUACACCCUUUGAAAAACCCCAAAAGAAUUUGGAAACCAUUAACCCAACAGUUUUGCAUAGCAUUAUCAUAUAUAUUAGUAUAUGUUAGUUUAAAAAAGUUUAAAUGUACUUUAUAGAUGUAGCAUAUUGAUUUACCAUACCUAACUCCACUUUGAAGAAAUGUAAAACUGCUGAUAUUAAUGAAAGGUCAACUGUGUGUGUUAUACCAAUAAAACAAGAAGAGUAAUUAAAAAAAAGUUAAAGAAAUCAAAUCUUUCAUAAUCUUUAAGAUAAACUUUCAAAAUUCAAAGUGCAAUUAUUUCUGACAUAUUUAUUGUGACAUAUUAAUUAAUUUGACAGAUUUAGUCUUUUCUUUGUUGUAAACUGGACUAACAUUUUAAGUGAGGGCAAUUUGUACUUAAACUGCAAUGCUUACCUUACUGCUUCCUUUGUAUGUACAAUUCCUUUUUAAAUCAUUUUACAGUAAAGUUUCAUUUCACAUGAUUAACAUUAGUGAGGUUCAUUAAA